AUGUAUUUACACCUAGCUAACAGGAGCAAGUAUAAGAAUCUUCAUUUAUCAACUGCUUUAGAAGACUGGGACAUGAUACAAGAACUCAAACAGUGUGUUACUAUAGAUCAGUACUUUGCUGGCGCUGAACAGAAGAUGGACCGAUUGUCAGUAAAACGUGAACAAAGCCUAGGGGUGCUUUCCUGUAUGUCCAAGGAAGAAACUCCACAGGUAUUCACACAUAUAGCAGUGACCUGCCUUUUACUGCAGCAGGGCAAUAUUGCAGAAAAUGAUCCCCCAUCUACACCCAUACCUCCUCCACUCUGUAUCCCGAGGUGUUAUGGCAGGAAGGUACACAUACGGAGAAGUCUCUCUCAGUACGAAAAUUGGCCACGGCCUCCAAUCAAUUAUUGCAACUUAAUAUCUCUGGCACUAAGGAACAGUAGUGACGGAAGUCUAAAUGUACAACAGAUUUACAGCUUUGUUAGGGAGCAUUUUCCAUUUUUUCGCGCUGCCCCAGAUGGUUGGAAGAAUACUGUACGCCACAACUUGUGCUUCAGCAGCAGCUUUGAAAAGAUUUCAGGGUGGGUGUGUGCUGAUGGACACCGGCGAUCCUGCCUGUGGAAACUUACAUGCCAGGGUCGUAAAAAGUUCCGCACAGAAAUGCUAGCCUUAUCAGAUGAGCUACUGCGUAUAUUACGAAGGAGCAUGAGCAAACCAGCACUCAUGGAGUUGAUGUUUGGGAUGUGA